UCUUUGUGUUGUUGUGUUUGCGUACGCUUCUUUGGAGCUGUUUACUAGUUCCAGUUCAUUGAAGAAGAAGAAGGUAGAAAUCUAAUCCUCCAAUGGCGUCUCAUGGCGAAGUCGGAUUCAUCGGGUUAGACGAGUUAAGCUUGGAUAUGGCGGCUUCACUCAUUCGUUCAGGCUACGCCGUUAAAGCUUUUGAGAUAAACAUUCCAUUGAUGGAUAGUUUCAUCAAGCAAGGAGGAACUAGAUGUGCAUCUCCAGGAGAGGUUACACAAGGGAUUUCGGCGCUAAUUGUUUUGAUAUCUGACAUGGAUCAAAUUACUAAACUGUUGUUGGGUCAUGAAAAUGCUUUAAAAGAGCUACAAAAAGAUACAGUCAUCAUUCUCCAGUCAGCGAUAUCCCUUCAGAAGCUGGAAAUUUUCCUUGCAGGGCUCUCUAAAAGGGAUAUAAUUGUUGAUAUUUAUGUCUACAAGGAGAUAUCUGAUACUUCUGAGGACGAACUUAGGAUUAUUUCUUGGGGACAUUCAGAUUCCAUUUCAAAAGCUCGGCCAAUACUCUUUGCCAUAUCUGAGAAGCUUUACAUUUCUGGGGGAGAUAUUGGUUCUGGAAGUAAAAUGAAAAUGGUAAUCCAACUACUUGAGGGAAUUCAUUUAGUUGCAUCAAUAGAGGCCUUAUGUCUUGGUGCAAAAGCGGGGAUUCAUCCAUGGAUACUCUAUGACAUCAUUGCUAAUGCUGCUGGAAAUUCGUGGGUUUUCAAGAAUAUUGUUCCCAAGUUGCUGAGGGAUAAUAAAAGCAAGCACAUUUUCCUGAGCUCUUUAGUCCAAAACUUGGGGAUUGUUCUGGAUACGGCGAAGUCACUUCCUUUUCCUCUUCCACUUCUUGCAAUUGCUCAUCAACAACUUAUUGCAGGCUCCAUCUCCAGCCAUGGCAUUGACAAUGAUUUGACGGUGAUGAAGGUUUGGGAAAAGGUGUAUGAAGUGGAUGUUACUGAUGUAGCCAGUACAAGUCUUUAUUAUCCUGAGCAAUUGGCAGUUCAAAUAACAAAGGAAGCAGUUCCUAUAAAGAAAAUUGGAUUUAUUGGUCUUGGGGCAAUGGGGUUUGGCAUGUCAACUCAACUCGUCAAAUCCAAUUUCUGCGUUCUUGGAUAUGAUGUCUAUAAACCAACAGUAACCAGAUUUACAAAUGAAGGAGGCAUAGCUGGGGACUCUCCAGCUGAUGUAUCCAAAGAUGUGGAUGUGCUUGCUCUCAUGGUUGCAAAUGAAACUCAAGCUGAAGCUGUUCUAUAUGGAGAACAUGGUGCAGUGGCAGCCCUUCCAAAUGGAGCAUCUGUUGUUCUGUUCUCCACUGUUUCUCCUGCAUUUGUUAGCCAGUUAGAGCAUCGUUUACAAAGUGAACACAGGGACUUGAAGUUGGUGGAUGCUCCUGUUUCUGGUGGCGUUAUUAGGGCAUCCAAUGGAACACUUACGAUAAUGGCAUCAGGCACUGACGAAGCUUUGAGGCAUGCUGGUUUAGUUUUAUCAGCAUUAAGUGAGAAGCUCUACAUAAUCAAAGGAGGUUGUGGAGCUGGAAGUGGUGUGAAAAUGGGAAAUCAACUGCUUGCUGGAGUACAUAUUGCAUCAGCAGCUGAAGCAAUGGCAUUUGGUGCUCGUUUGGGCCUUAAUACACGCACACUGUUUGAUGCCAUAAAUAACAGCAGAGGAACAUCAUGGAUGUUUGAAAAUCGCGUUCCGCACAUGCUGGACAAUGAUUAUACACCAUUGUCUGCCAUUGAUAUAUUUGUCAAGGAUCUGGGCAUUGUUUAUAAGGAAUGCUCAGUUCGCAAAGUUCCACUGCGUGUUGCUACUGUUGCACAUCAGCUUUUCUUGUCCGGUUCUGCUGCUGGAUGGGGUCGGAUAGAUGAUGCUGGAGUGGUCAAGGUGUACGAGACCCUAACAGGUGUGAAGGUUGAAGGAAAGCUUCCAGUUCUUAUGAAGGAAGUCGUGAUACAGUCUCUCCCACCUGAAUGGCCAGAGGAUCUCAUUGGCGAUAUACAGAAGAUGAACCAGAAAAGUUCAAAAACAUUAAUUGUUCUGGAUGAUGAUCCAACUGGAACUCAGACUGUUCAUGAUAUUGAAGUAUUGACGGAGUGGAGUACAGAAUCACUUGUAGAACAAUUCAAGAAAAAGCCCAACUGUUUUUUCAUAUUGACCAAUUCUCGUGCAUUGAGCUCUGAGAAGGCCACUGCACUGAUUGAAGGCAUCUGUCAAAAUAUACGAGUAGCAGCAGAAUCAGUAAAAAAUGUCGACUAUACAGUAGUCUUGAGAGGAGAUUCAACUUUACGAGGGCAUUUUCCAGAGGAAGCAGAUGCUGUUGUUUCUGUUUUGGGUGAGAUGGAUGCAUGGAUUAUUUGUCCGUUUUUCCUGCAAGGAGGCCGUUAUACCAUUGGGGAUACGCACUAUGUUGAGUAUUCUGGAGGGCUUGUACCGGCAGGGGAAACAGAGUUUGCUAAAGAUGCUUCAUUUGGUUAUAAAUCUUCAAAUCUUCGGGAGUGGGUAGAGGAGAAAACCAGAGGUCGAGUACAAGCCAGCAAUGUUGCAUCUAUCUCAAUUGAGCUACUGCGAAAGGGUGGACCUAAUGCUGUGUCUGAGCAUCUUUGCAGUUUGCAGAAGGGAAGUAUUUGUAUAGUCAACGCAGCCAGUGAACGAGACGUGGCUGUGUUUUCGGCUGGAAUGAUCCAGGCUGAACAGAAAGGAAGACGUUUCUUAUGCCGGACUGCUGCAAGCUUUGUUUCUUCUUGCAUAGGCAUAAUCCCCAAAGCUCCAAUCCUACCUAAGGAUCUUGGCAUAGACAAAUACUGUAAUGGUGGGCUGAUAGUUGUCGGUUCGUAUGUCCCGAAAACAACACAACAGGUUGCAGAGCUUAAAUCCGAGUGUGGGCAUAUAUUAAGAAGUAUUGAGGUUUCUGUUGAUAAGCUUGCCAUGAAAUCAUCAGAAGAAAGGGAGGAGGAAAUCAGAAAGACAGCUGAGAUAGCAGAUAUUUUCCUUGGAGCUUGUAAAGAUACACUUAUAAUGACCAGCCGAGAACUCAUUACAGGGAAAACUCCUUCUGAGAGUCUGGAGAUUAACUUCAAAGUGAGCUCUGCAUUGGUGGAAAUAGUUAGGCGAAUAACAGUCAGACCUCGUUACAUUCUUGCAAAGGGUGGAAUCACCUCGUCUGACAUUGCUACAAAAGCACUAGAAGCAAAACAUGCCAAAGUCGUAGGACAAGCUUUGGCUGGUGUUCCUUUGUGGCAGCUUGGUCCAGAAAGUAGACAUCCAGGAGUUCCAUACAUUGUUUUCCCAGGAAAUGUUGGAGAUAAUAAAGCUCUAGCAGAUGUUGUGAAAUCAUGGGCCCGUAAACUCAGUCGUGCUUCAACUAAGGAGCUACUUCUUAAUGCAGAAAAUGGUGGUUAUGCUGUUGGAGCUUUCAAUGUGUAUAACCUGGAAGGAGUUGAGGCAGUUGUUGCGGCAGCAGAGGCAGAAAAGAGUCCUGCUAUAUUACAGAUCCAUCCUGGUGCGUUUAAGCAAGGAGGAGCUCCCUUGGUUGCAUGUUGUAUCUCAGCUGCAGAACAAGCCAGUGUCCCCAUUUCUGUCCACUUUGAUCAUGGAAGCUGCAAGCAAGAGCUAGUGAAAGUUCUAGACCUGGGAUUUGAUUCAGUAAUGGUGGAUGGCUCACACCUCCCACUGAUCGAAAAUGUGUCAUACACAAAAUUAAUAUCCAAUUUAGCACAUUCAAAAGGCAUGCUGGUAGAGGCUGAAUUAGGGAGAUUAUCAGGAACAGAAGAUGAUUUGACUGUAGAAGAUUAUGAAGCAAAACUAACAGAUCCAAGCCAGGCUCAAGAUUUCAUAAAUCAAACAAGCAUAGACGCAUUGGCAGUUUGUAUAGGAAAUGUGCAUGGGAAGUACCCAGCUAGCGGUCCACAACUCAGACUCGAUUUGCUUAAGGAACUUUAUGCAUUGUGUUCAGAAAAGGGAGUUUAUCUAGUUCUCCAUGGAGCUUCUGGAUUGUCCGAAGAACUGGUCAAGAAAUGCAUAGAGCUGGGAGUAAGGAAAUUCAAUGUGAAUACAGAAGUAAGAACGGCUUACAUGGAGUCGCUGAAUAGCCAUCCUAAGAAAGACCUUGUCCAUGUUAUGGAAACUGCGGUGGAGGCAAUGAAAGUUGUAAUUACAGAGAAGUUUCGACUUUUUGGCUCUUCUGGUAAAGCUUAAAAGGAAGAAGAGACUAUAUUAUCCUUUGAUAUUAUUCAUUGAAAUAAAUACUCUUUGUUUGAACAGAUGUUGUAUUCUUUCUCUAUUCAAGUGGUAAUGCAGAUACAUGGCUUACCCUAAAUAAAAGUUAGCAAACCAAAUCAACUUUCUACAAUUAUUUUUUAUUCCACUUAUUUAACUUUUAUUUUUCCA